AGCCGCGUUACCAGAUGCCGAACCUCGGUUUCCGCUGCGUUGUGCCCGGGCUGCUCGCCCUCUGCCUCCCGCUGGCGUCGGCCCUGUCCAAUGGCGCGCCGCUGUCAUCCUGCGGCAGCAUGGCCCCGAAUCACAUCAACAUCUUACCUCAGAAUACCUCUUCACCGCACUCCAUCAACGCGAGCCGCGUUAACGGCACCAUGCAAGUGAGAAUAAUGGGCCCAACUUACAAAGGGCUCCUGCUCCAAGCUCGAAAGCCCAAUGAGAAUACGGCAGUUGGUACGUGGAGUUCUCCUCCAGCAAAUACAAAAACAAUUAAGUGCUUCAACGCGCAAGAUAGUGCAAUGACUCAUGCAAACACAUCUGCGAAAGACAGCGAUGUCGUCUACACCUGGAAUCCACCUUCGGGAGAGUGCAUAAAGGUCAUGUUUACAGCAACUGUGGCCCAGGGCCGAUCUGUUUACUGGCUUGGGGUAACUUCGAAUGAAAUCAUGAUGAAUUGUAAUGACAAUGGUAAUGGAGCAGUGAGGACCACAUCUGGACUCGUCCUGGUGCUGAUUUGGCCUUUAUUGUACUGGUUGCAUUCUGAAGGAUAACAAACAGAUGGGGGGGGCGGGCAUUUGGUUUGGGUUGUUGAGAAUGGAUUUCCUUCGACCAAGACUGCAAAGUUCUACAACACAUCCUAAGUGGCACUUUAAGCUCUUGCACGGAAAGCUUCCCAAACUAAUGAAGAAACUGCAAUUUGAAAAGGCAACGUUGAUAAAUCCAUUUUUGUAUGUUUGUUUAAAUUGACUAAUUGUGUUUAAUGCAUAUAUGCAAGAGAAUUAUUUCCAAUAAACUUGUACUUUCUCUCAAUAAGGAUCACCUUU